AUGUCGCUCAAAUACUUCCCUACCGUUACUCCUAGCGCUAUUGCCUUGGGCACUGCCUUUACUCAUGCUACCAGCUUAGUUCUCUCGGCCCCGUUCUUUGGCAGCGCCUACGAGCGCGCAAAGUCUGCUGAUACUCCCGAAGAGUUCUUGAAGUCAAAGGAGGGAGCCGGUGCCAUCGCCGCAUGGGGAUCCUCCUUGGCAGGUGCAGCAGCAAAGACUUAUGCUGUUGCGGCCAUUCUCCAGUCGACUGGCACCAUCACCCAGAAGGGCGCCGUGUAUCUCGGUGUUUUGCUCUUCGCCAUCGGAUCCGUCCCUGGCGCGUUUGUGAACAUUUUCCAAGAGAAGCGCCCCGGCGAGUAUAUCUUCAUCAAGCUGGCUUCUGAGCUGGUCGACAGCGUCGGACUCGCCGCGGUCUUGAACUGGUGGGGAACUAGACCUGAUAUUGUUUAA